AUGAAGGGGGGCCUUUGCGAGGGUCAAACGGCCAGAGUCUGUUGUCAAGCACGGCGGAUAACACGUCCAACGGCCAUCGACAUGGACACGACGAGAGGCGGAAGAGACGUCGAGGCUCGGGAUGGAGGAACCAAAAAGAAAUGCCAAGCGACGAGACCCGACGAUAGCGACUCCGGGGUCGGGGGACCCAACGCCGUUCUUAAAGGUUCACCGUGCCGUCAAUCCAUCCAUCCAUCUGUCUCGUGUGCCUGGGCGGCACAGCGCGCCGCGCUAACUAGCCUGGAAGCUUGCUGCCCUCCACCUCCACCCCAUGCCUGCCUCGCAUCGUAA